GUAAACGAUUAAACUCUUCUUAUUGGCGGAGGUAAAAAUGUUACAUACAAAAUGUCUGCGCCCAUGAACACACGUCUUCCAUCCAAAGACAUUUAUCAUUUCACUAUACGAUCGAAUAUAUAUCAGUUAGUGUUGCUCUCGUUGUUAAUUUUUUUGCCAUGGAAUACAAACACAGUUCUAGACAUUGUUUCGCAUACCUUGUGGUCUUCUGAAAUUCUUAUGGGUACUAUUCUGAUUUCAAAUUUUUUCAUAGGAUUAUACAUUUCACAAAAAAGCAAUUUUGUCAAGAAAUCUGUAUCGUAUAAGAUUCGGGCAACAGUAAAGGGAGCAGGCUUUUACUCUCUUGCAGCUUGCUUCUUUCAUGUGAUAGCUGUUCUUUAUGGAGCACCAUUUUUUGAGUCUGUUCCCCAGACCUUCCACUUUGGAGCAUUGCUUGCCAGUACUGCAGUCUUUCCAGGCCUGUGUAUACUGGGACUCAGUGUGUCCAGCUGGGUCAGAAUAUUCUCACAAAAUGGCGCAGACCUAGGUCCAGAGUCGGUCGUACAAAUCAGCGCUCUGUCUUCCAUUGUUGGAGCCUGGAUUGGCGCAUUUCCAAUUCCUCUAGACUGGGACAGAGAUUGGCAGGAAUGGCCGAUAACUUGCAUGAUGGGGACACUUCUUGGGUACAUGACUGGAUUAGCUCUUGCUUCUGUUCAUCUCUGCGUGCGAUAUAACCAAUUGAGGAAACAGAAAAUCACAUGACAGAUACAUCCAUAUAAAAAUUCAUGCCACAGAGUGACCAAAGGCUUAUCAAAGUUAUGGGACACAGAUUUUUAUGUUAGUGUAUUCACAGAAUCAAAUACAUCAUUUACUGUAAUAUCAGUGAUUUAAUUCCAUGUGAGUUAAUUUUUAUUUGAGCAUGUCAUAAAAGUAUUUUAUAUCAAACUUCUAGUCUUUUUCAAUAAAUGGAUCUGAAAAAUACAA